CUCCUGCCUCCGACUCCAAAGUCCCAAGUAUUACGUAGUAGAGAGAAAGUGACGAAGAAACAUGGAAGCGACUGAUAUGGAUGUGGAAGAAAAGGAGCCUAUUCUCAAUUCAAACCCAAUCAAGCGAUUCGGACUCAAAAAUUCUAUUCAGACCAACUUCGGCGACGAUUACGUCUUCCAAAUCGCUCCCAAGGAUGAUUGGACAUCGAUGGCGGUGUCUCUAUCAACAAACGCAGUGAAAUUGUACUCACCAGUGACUGGACAGUACUUCAGAGAGUGUAAAGGUCACACUUCGACUAUCAACGAAAUCUCCUUCUUAGGUGCAUCGGCUCCUCAUGUCUUCUACUCUUGCUCUUCUGAUGGUACUAUCAGAGCUUGGGACACUCGCUCUUUCCAGCAGGUGUCUUGUUUGAGCGCUGGUCCUUCCCAAGAGAUAUUCAGCUUCUCGUUUGGCGGAUUGGGUGACAAUCUUCUCGCUGCAGGGUGUAAGUCUCAGGUACUCUUCUGGGAUUGGAGGACCAACAAGCAGGCUGCAUGCUUGGAGGAAUCUCACACGGAGGAUGUUACUCAGGUUCACUUUGUUCCUGACCAUCAAAACAAGCUUGUUUCGGCGUCUGUUGAUGGGUUGAUGUGUAUCUUUGAUACCAGUGGAGAUAUCAAUGAUGAUGAUGAUUUGGAGUCGGUGAUAAAUGUGGGAACCUCAAUUGGAAAAUUGGGGUUUCUUGGAGAGUCAAAUCAAAAGCUCUGGUGCUUAACACACAUUGAAACUUUAAGUGUUUGGGACUGGAAAGAUGCAAGAAUUGAAGCCAACUUCGAAGAUGCUCGCUCCUUGGCCUCUGACAGCUGGACGUUAGAUAAUGUUGACUAUUUUGUUGAUUGCCACUACUUGGGGGAGGAUGAUAGGCUGUGGGUGAUUGGUGGCACAAAUGCAGGCACCUUGGGCUACUUCCCUGUAAGUUACAAGGGGAAGCGAGCAUUUGGGUCUCCGCAUGCUGUUCUUCAUGGUGGUCAUACAGGUAUUGUUAGGAGCGUGUUGCCCAUGUCUAGCAUGGGACGUGGGCCAAUCCAAAGCCCAAGCAUUUUCGGAUGGACAGGUGGUGAGGAUGGCCGUUUGUGCUGUUGGUUGUCAGAUGAUUCAUUCCAUCCGAACCAUUCCUGGAUUUCAACUUCUUUGGUUACCAAGUCACCAAAAAUUCGCAAGAAAAGCCGGUUUCAGCCUUACUAGGUAGCAGGGACGCGCACUUUUAAAUAAAAUAUGGUGUUGUAAUUUAAGUUUUGUUUGUUGUUUCUAGAUACUCAAAUUUAUUUAAUUUUCUUUUGACAAGGGAAGAGUAGGGAAAUUCCUUUAUAUUGUCUCGGUAUUCUCCCAUUUUUUGUAACAUCUUUUGCUUUAUUUGACUACAAUCCAUUUUUUCAGUAGACCUAUGAAGUCAUAUUGAUUGCGAGUGCAAAGGAAUAGAAAAACAUGAAUCAAGUGUUUAUUUUCCUACCCUGUAACACUAAGCAGUUCUGUUUGUAUUUCGAUUAGCAAAUAAGUAUUAAGUCUAAUGAAAGUACUUGCCCUA